GAUAUUGUAGUCUUCAUGAAGAACCAGGUCGGAGAUGGGGCUAAAGUCAUUAAAAAUGUCAAAGAAUUGAAAGAUUUCUUCUCAGUUGAUGACAUCACUGUGGUUGGAUUCUUUGAGUCCCAGGAUAAUCUUUUACUUAAACCUUAUAAGGAUGUGGGUAAGAACCUGAACAAUAGCUUUAUGCUCAAUUUGAAAUAUUAGCAAUACAUAGUGUUAUCAAUCUUAUAUGAUCUACUUAAACUGAAGUGAAAUCAUUUCGUACAAGACAAAUAAAUUACCGCUACUGAUUUAUUAUCUGCAAAAAAAUUAGCGGUCUUCUGUGUGAUUUUGCUAUUAUCUAACAUCCAAUCAAUCUAUCAAAAUUGAACUGUUGUUACUCCAGCUGAAAUAAAAUACACCACAUAAUGUUAGGCCAUGAUCAUUAUUGGUUUAUAUUGGUUCGUCCACAUAUUAGGACGACAGCAAGGUUUAUUAUUUUAACUUGUUUUGGCAGCUGAUGAAAUCAGGGAUGAGUACUCAUUUGGUGUGACAUAUGAUGAAGAGGCAAGGAAGGCG